GGCGGUAUCGGGGGGAAUGAAUUUACUGGAAUCAUCUGGUAACUCGACAACAUUAAAAGGCAACAAAAUCCAAAGGGGAUAUCAGCUAUUUAUCCGUUGGAUUAUUUUUCGUUGUUAAAUAAUUGGGGAAGCAACGGACAUUUGAUCAAUGAUCACCGCCACCGGAGGAGCGGGUGCUAUGGACCACCACCAACGCCACCGUAAGGACACCGAAAUGAUGGAAGCGGAAGCAGCCGCACAGCAGCCGGAGCAAAACGAUGUAGUGAAAAACCUGCUCACUAUGGCUCGCCAAUUCAUCAACCAAGGCAAACCUUCUCAGGCUCUCCAAGCGGUGGUGAUGGCAAUGAGAACAAGUGGUGGGGAAAAUGCUGUAUUUCAGUCCCUGCAUCGUGCUCGUGAACUGUAUAUAAGUAGAAUGCAAGAAAAAACUGCAGUUGAUGAUUUGGCUGCUCUAUUUGCGGAGUGUGCAAUAGCUGAAGCUGAGCCUUCAAAAAUUGAAUCAGUACAACCCAACCCUGCUGGCCCAUCAGUUGCAUCUGAUGCUCGUGGAACUUCUGUACUUGCUGAAACAGGCAGAAUGCAGAUUGUGCUAGAUGCAUUCUCUGAUGGGAGCAGCUUUAUCUGUUUACAAUGUGGAGGUCUUGUCAGUAACCAUCGCAAAGAUGAGCAUUAUGCAUACUGGUGCAGCAACAUGUAACCUGUUAGUACAUAGCACAAUGGCAUGGAUAUUUGCUCACUCGAGUUCUACCUCCACAGCUUUUGACAGUUAAAUACUUUCAAUUCCAGUAGAAGCUGCUGUUACCAUGCCGAAUACAGUCAAGGUAGCUAGCAAACUUUUGAAUGCCAAAUGUACACAGAAAUCAUGCGUCAGUUAAGAAAAUCUUUACCCAUUCCAUGAACGGUGUUUAUAAUAAGCGUAUCUUACACCUUUAUCGACUGAGUUGUUGUGUCAUAAUAAUUUAAAGUGACGAUUGUUCGUGGGAACAGUGAUUUAUCAAAUGGGUGUAUAUGUUUCUUGAGGCCUAUGCUGAUAUAAGUUCUG